AUGGAUAGCCGAUCCACCAGGUACCGUUCCUUCGACUCCAAGGCUGCUGUGCCACCUCCUAGAACCCGGGACCGUCACAACUCUGCUCCUUCUGUUGAUCGACGAAAAGACCAGCAUUCCCGACGACAGUCAGCCACUUCCAAACCCUUUGAUAUCAGUCAAAGAAGCUCCAAGUCCAAUCCUCGUGAUGAUUCCUUGACCUCACCCGACAGAAGAACGGCCACGCGACCCUCGGAUCGACACCCUUCCCCGGGUAACUCUCGAGAGGCCAAGCUCGCUUGCAAGACCAGUGAUUCAGAUUUGGACUCGUCUUUCAAAUUUUUGGUUUUGGGAUCUCAAAAGUGCGGCAAAACAACCUUUAUCCGAUACGCUGUGGAUCGGCAGGUCUCGACCACGUCCACCUCCGUGACUCUCCAAGACCAACCCUAUCGUAUUCAAUUCGUCGAACUCUUGCUCGAUCAUGUCGAUUUCAGUAGUGAACGAAGGAUCGAAUGGCCUUCCCACGUAAAUGGUGCUCCUUUUCCAGAAAUUGACGGGGUCUUCUGCCUCUACGACGUGUCUGAUAAGGAGAGCGUCGCCGACGUCCCUGCGGCAUUGACUUCCAUGACCAACACCGGUCUACCUUGUGUGCUCGUUGCUUCCAAAUGCGAUGUAAAGCCGGAAUCUCGUCAAAUAAGUUCCCGGUUUCAGGAACAAGUCCGCCGCAAUCUCGCCAAUGUUGCUAUUGCCGAAGUUUCCAUCCAGUCUCCUGAAAAUAUAAAGCGUUGUAUUUUGGGCAUGCUCCAAAGAGUGAUUGUCUCUCCACGAGCAUCGGUUCGGGCUGGCAAAUCGUCACAUACCUCCACACAGUCUUCGGGGAGUCAUCCCGUCGUGUCGAGAGAAGCUUCACCCAAGACAAGUCGAAGUCGAAGUCGAUCCAAUAGUCGACUACAGGUGUCGAAAUCCAAAGAAUUGCUGCUAAAUCUCUCGGUACGACCGGCCGUGAUCGAAUCAGCGGACGAAGAAAGCGAGGAGUCUUCUGAAGAUGUAACCCGCGCUGGACACAAAACCAAACUGCGGUUGGACACUUCUACUGCUUCAAAAUCUCAACGACGACCAGCAGGGCCCCAGACACCAGUAUCGUCGGGUGAUUACACCGGCAAAGGUCCUUUGGAGAACGCGGCGGCCGCGAUACCCGAAACACCCGAUUCAUACUAUGUGAAAUCAAUGCUCCGUCCAGCUUCCACAGAUACCGCCGACAGUCGAGCCUACCAGACCUUUCUCAACAUGGAUGAAGACCCGAAUGAACUCUCUCCAUGGACCGAGGUCGAACCUCUGGGUCCGGCGCUGAGUAAUCUCACGGUUGAUGACAACUCCAAGCCCGAGGCCGGGGUCCCUUUCAAGGAACUUGUGGAAAGACUGCUGCUGUUGCCGGCUAACAAAACUGACUCCAAGUUCGUCCCGUCCUUUCUCUGUCUGUACCGUUCAUUUGCCACACCCAGACAGCUGCUGGUGGCCAUCAUUGAUCGAUUCAUGAAGGUCGAACAAAGCAAAAUGGUCCACUUUACCAAGGUCGCCGAAAUGUUACGAUACCUUCAGGUUUUGGCCCAAUGGACCGCCACAUACCCGGGAGAUUUUGCCCCGGGACCGGCUCGUGACAUUGCGGUCCCCUUUGUGCAAAGUAUCGAAAAGAGCAAGGUAUUCGCCCCUGCCGCUCGAGAGAUCAGCAACAAUUUGGAUACCAUCCUUCCCGACGAAGAUUUGGAUUGGGCAUUUGAUGAUUCGCCGACCCCGGCCAGUGCCAAAGGUGCGAAGAAAACACCCAUUACUUCGUCGUCAACGUCGUUACCGUCAUUGAACAACGACGCGUUGAAAUCGAGUAACCCCGCCCAACGAGACCAUGACGACAGCGAAGAAGACGGCGACGGAACAAACUCAUCGGCGCGUGAUUCUAAUGCGCCGUCGGCCUCGUCCAGUAUGAUGAAGACUUUCAACUCUCCCAGUCAAUCGUACACGAACUUUUUACAGUUGGAAAAUGCCAAACAUCAAGCCGAGAAAUACAAGCCGAUUCCUCAUAUUCGUCUCAGCAAGUUCCAGUGGCAUCAAUUCAUGGAAGCACCGAUUGAAGAUCUGGCGCGUGAGAUUACUCGAAUCGAUUGGACCAUGUAUUCCGCAAUCCGACCGCGAGAUUUCGUCCGACAUGUCUGUCUCUCCACCGAGCAAAAGAGAAGAUCUCGUGCUGUCGAUAACAUCAGUGCCAUGGUGAAACAUUUCAACCAUCUGGCAUUGUUUGUUUCAGGGAUGAUCCUCCUUCGGGACAAACCCAAGCAUCGGGCAAGAGCUCUUGAAAGAUUUAUGGCUUUGGCUUGGAAAGUGCGGCAACUGAACAAUUACAACUCGCUCGGCGCCAUUGUCGCUGGAAUCACGGGCCACGAAAUUGCUCGAUUGACGGCGACCCGAGAUUUAGUACCACAGGAAGUUCAGAAACAAUUCCUCCGGUUGACUAUCCUGAUGGGAAUCUCGAGAUCUCAUGCGGCAUAUCGAAUGGCAUGGGAGAAUUCGUUUGCGGAACGCAUUCCAUUCCUCCCCCUGGUCCGACAAGAUCUGACGAUGGCGGCCUCGGCAAAUCCCACAUUUAUUGGAACCAACGUCAACUGGAAGAAAUUCGAAAUUAUGGGGGAUGUUAUUGUGGGACUGCAACGAAGUUUGGAAAACCCAUAUUCAUUCCCCCCCAAAUCACAUCGAACCGAGGAGAUAACCAAAUUGAUUCUGGAGACUAAGAUUCUUGAAGAAUCAGAGGAUUCUGCUGAUCCACGGAGUGAAUUGUACGAUCGAAGCGUGCAGGUUGAACCACAGGUUGGGGUUGACCCGAGGAAAAAAUUCGAUUGGCUACGGCGUUAA